CCGCCUUUGGACGUCCCCGAAACCGAUCCUCGUACCACCACCACCACCACCACCACCAUCUUCGUGGAUGUUUCUCAGCGAUCUCGAUCUGGCUGUUGUUGAAAUUUCGGGGACGUUUCUCCUUCCCGCCGCCGCGUAUCUGACGACUCGAAGAUGCGAGAGAUCGUGCACAUACAAGCCGGACAGUGUGGCAACCAAAUCGGUGCCAAGUUCUGGGAGGUGAUCUCGGACGAGCAUGGCAUCGAUCCGUACGGCAUCUACCACGGCAACUCGGACUUGCAGUUGGAAAGGAUCAACGUGUACUACAACGAGGCGUCCGGAGGAAUGUACGUGCCACGUGCCAUACUCGUCGAUUUGGAGCCAGGCACGAUGGACUCGGUGCGCUCGGGCCCGUUCGGACAGAUAUUCAGACCGGACAACUUUGUAUUCGGGCAGUCCGGAGCCGGUAACAACUGGGCGAAGGGACAUUACACGGAGGGCGCGGAACUCGUCGACUCGGUGCUCGACGUGGUGAGGAAGGAGGCGGAGAGUUGCGACUGCCUGCAAGGGUUUCAACUGACCCACUCUUUGGGCGGUGGUACCGGGUCCGGUAUGGGAACACUGCUCAUCUCGAAAAUUCGCGAAGAAUAUCCCGACAGGAUAAUGAGCACGUUCUCGGUGGUGCCGUCGCCGAAGGUGUCGGACACGGUGGUCGAGCCGUACAACGCGACCCUGUCGGUCCAUCAAUUGGUGGAGAACACCGAUCAAGCUUACUGCAUCGACAACGAGGCGCUCUACGACAUUUGUUUCCGCACGCUCAAGUUAUCCACACCGACGUACGGGGAUCUGAAUCAUUUGGUGUCGGCGACGAUGUCCGGGGUAACCACCUGCCUCAGAUUUCCCGGCCAGUUGAACGCCGAUCUGAGGAAACUCGCCGUGAACAUGGUACCGUUCCCACGGCUCCAUUUCUUCAUGCCAGGUUUCGCACCGCUUACAUCCCGCGGCAGCCAACAGUACAGAGCUCUCUCUGUGCCCGAGCUCACUCAACAGAUGUUCGACACGAAGAACAUGAUGGCAGCGUGCGAUCCAAGACAUGGCAGAUACCUCACAGUAGCAGCGAUCUUCCGUGGCAGAAUGUCAAUGAAGGAAGUCGACGAGCAAAUGCUCAACAUUCAAAACAAGAACAGCUCCUACUUUGUCGAGUGGAUCCCGAACAACGUGAAAACGGCCGUCUGCGACAUCCCACCACGUGGCUUGAAGAUGUCGGCCACCUUCAUCGGCAAUUCGACGGCUAUCCAGGAGUUGUUCAAGAGAAUCUCCGAACAAUUCACCGCCAUGUUCAGGAGAAAAGCUUUCCUUCAUUGGUACACUGGAGAGGGUAUGGACGAGAUGGAGUUCACCGAGGCCGAGUCGAACAUGAACGAUCUGAUCUCGGAGUAUCAGCAGUACCAAGAGGCCACCGUGAGGGACGAGAGUGAUUUCGACGAGGAGGAGGAGACCGAGAAGUGAAAGGGUGGAAGCGAAACGAGACGAGAUGAUGUUCACUGCGAAUUCCUCGUCGAUCAACCUAACAACCGCCACCGCCGCGAACUAAACAGUUUCGCGAACGAGAUUUUUCUUACCGUUGUAUUUUUUUUUUUUUUUCCUCCCCUCGACCAGCUGGUUUUCCAUUUGUACAUUAAUCUUUUUACAUUUGUUAUUUUCGACGAAUUUUUACGUAUGUAUAAUGUACACACAUGCCACCAAUGAAAAUGCUCGCAUGAUACACCUUAUAUUAUGAUGAUAGAUUUACUCACACACGGACACACGGAAAACACGCGCACGCGCCAACAGCAUAUACACGAAUACACGAGUAUACAUAUUUUGUAAGUAACUUAGAAAAACGUUGUAUUACCUUUGUUGAACGUUUAAUAGAUAUUCUUUAUGGCAUCUGAAA